UUUAGCGAAAAAAACAACAACAACGUCAACCACUGUAAGCGGUAGUUGAAUGUCCACGUUCACCGUGAUGAUUGACAGCAGUCUGUGGUCAAAACAUUCAGCGCCUAAACAAGAUCGCGAGCAGUGAGUCUGUUCAGGAUUAUUCACACAAAGUGCUGCAGAUGACGAGAAACAGUAGGCUACUAUUAAAACAGAAAACAGUCAGUGCGGCCAUAGCUCAGAGCUAACCAGUCUUGCAGGAUUUGGGCAGAAGAAGACUGAUCAUGAGCACAGAGACUCAUGUGAAGGACAUUAAACCUGGACUCAAGAAUCUCAACGUCAUCUUCAUCGUGUUGGAAACAGGACGAGUGACGAAGACCAAAGACGGCCAUGAGGUGCGCACAUGUAAAGUGGCUGACAAGACGGGCAGCAUCAGUAUUUCGGUUUGGGAUGAAGUCGGUGGCCUCAUCCAGGCUGGUGACAUCAUCAGACUGACCAAAGGUUAUGCCUCAGUUUUUAAAGGCUGUUUGACGCUGUACACUGGAAGAGGAGGUGAACUACAGAAGAUCGGAGAAUUCUGCAUGGUGUAUUCAGAGGUGCCAAACUUUAGUGAGCCAAAUCCUGAAUAUUUGGCCCAGAUGAAUAAAACGGGACUCAAUGACCAGAGCAACACGAACAGCAGCGCUGGUGCACCUGCAGGGAAUGACACCCCCAAUGGAAAUGGGGUGAAUUCUCAAGGCUCUGGCAACUCUACUAAUGCACAGCCGGGUGGACGAGCAAGUAGUGGGAACGGAAACCGGUCGACACCAAGUCCAGGUGUGGGAGGAAGCUCCGUAAGCAACGGCAAGGAGACACGGCGAACGGUCAAAAGAUGAUUUUGUUCGAUCAUGAAUCAGCAUACAGUGAUCAUUUAAUGAUGGAUGUCAGCAGCUAUUUGUCAUGUCUCAUUUGAAGACAUGCAUUGCUAAACUUUGACCUUAAUGCUUUCAUAUAUAUAUAUAUUUGUUUAACUCUAUGGAUUGUCAGGUCUUGUAAAAUCACGUGUUUUGAGGUAUUGAUCAGUUCCUGUUUUUUCUUGUUUUAAACUCUCCAGAAUGAACACACUAAGCUAUUGUAGUUUUUCUAGUCCAACUUCUGAUUGUAAGUCAACAUUUGAUGAUCAGUUUCAACAUGAACAUUCAGUUAAUUAUUAAAAUGCCAGGGUUGUCAUCUAAAAUAAGCCUUAGCAGGUAAAUGAAACCAAAAAAGAGGUACACCAACAAGCAGAUGAGAAAAAUGGAAAGAGAGCCAGCAGCUGUCAAGAUCUGUAAGUUAUAGACCCCAGAAGUUUUGAACAUUAUACGGCAAGGCUGACACAUUUCCAUGAAAAUUAGAUAAGCGUCCUGUGAUGAGUUUGAAAAGUAAGAGCUUAACAGCUGAGGAUUUUCCCAGGCAGAAAUGUGAAACUAUGUCAUCAAUGAUCACAGUUUGAUAAGAAAGAGCUUUUUGGGUUCCUAAAAAAAUCUGAUGUUCCACAUGAGACCCACUCCAGAACUGUUUACAGUAAAUACCAUUGUGACUGUUGUCCAUCACAGAAAAGCCAAAUAAAAAGAAGCUGUGAUAAAAUGUAAUCAUAAAACACUGAAAACAUGCAACCAUUACACCUUUUUUUUUUUGUGCAGAUCUUUUGCCAGAAAAUUCUGAUAUAUAAAUAAAAAGGAUGAAAAAAAAAUUGAAGGUUUGUUUCACCUUUUUUUUUUCCUUUUUUUUUUUUUAUGCUUUGCUGAUAGGACAUUGCCAAACAUUGCACAAGAUUAGAUGAAAUAGUGUCUAAAGCACUGAAUGUUCAAAGGGGAACGCUGCAGCGUUUUGGUUGCCGUUCCCUUCUCUCGUUUGUUUGUCUGAACUAUUGAUGCUUCUGUGUGAAUGGUUUUGGAGCCUUUGAAGACUUUUCAUGUUGUUUUACUUUAUUGUGAUGUGGACUUAUGCUUCACCCAUUGGAUUAUUUAUUUAAUUUUUGAGUAUUUGCUGCUGGACCCAACUCUCUUACUGCCCUGUACCCUGAGGUUGAUGUUGGUGUGGAUUCCUCCUGCAUGUCCUGUAAGGGAUACUCCAUCCCAAAAUGAACAUUUUGUCAUUAAUCACUUACCCCCAUGUCGUUCCAAACCUGUAAAAGCUUUGUUCGUCUUUGGAACACAGUUUAAAAUAGCCGCGCCACAAGGAUACGCUGUUUUCGUUCAAAUCAAAGAGUAAAUAGACGCAGAAAACGUAUCAUUGUGGUGCAGCUGACACAGAAGAGCGUGAGCUGUCUGCGUUCAGCUAUUAUUCUCUAAAAUAGUGCUAUAGUGAUGUGGAGAGACAGAGGAGACAAAUUGGUUAAUAAAGUCGUUAUUUUUGUUUUCUUCACAUACAAAAAGUAUUCUUUUUUCUAAACAAGGCCAUGGUUUUAUCUGACAUCAUUGUGGAAGAAAAACUCAUCCUUUUUGUGUUUAGUUGAAACAUGGCACAAACAGCCGGAUGGUUUUCUUUUUUAAUGAACUUAUUCCUGUUGGCUGUGGGUUAUUUGAUCUCCCACGAUCCUCUGGGAGAGGUGGGGUAUCAUUGUAUUGUACAAUCAACAACACAGUUUGAGUCCCGUAGCUGUUUAAUUCAUUUGAAUGUCUAGUUUAGAGUGUUUCUGAGUCCCAAUCUACAGCUAUAGUUAAAGUCUACAGGCCUCCUAAGGCAAAUAAAGACUUUUUUAAUCAGAA